AACAGCUAAUGCAGAAUAAAUGCAUUCAUUAACUGAUGUAGAAUAUUAAAUCUGUCAGCUCAGAGCAGUGCAAGCAUGCUCACAUGCAUAUCAUUUGUAAAUUAAUAUAAAAUUCAAGUUGUCUAUUAAGAAUCAGAAGUUGGAUAUGUCUACACGAAUGCUAGGAUUGGAUGAUCUCUGUUGCCAAACUGCACUUGUAAUGCAAGAUCUCAGUUAAGCUCAGGUAUGCACAUCAAAGUUGCCAGUCCUGUCAAUGGGUUUCGGCAUUAGUUCCUAUUGGCCCUUUCAUAUGAAGAUCACUUGAUUCUAGGUUGUCAGGAUAUUUUAAUAUAUACGUGUAUGUGUGGGUAUAUGUAUAUUAUUUGUGUUUUAUACAGUUUGGCAGAAUCCAGGAAAAGGGUUCAGGUAAAGCAUAAAAGAAGAGGUUCUUCAGUAGUGUACUAGCAUGUGGAUAGGAAUCAAUCACAUAAGGGGAAUGAUAGCGUACGCUCCAAGUCAUAGAACUGUUAUUUUUUUUUUUCCGUCUAUGACAUGGCAUCACCAUAAACGAGUCUUGCAUUCUGCUGAGAUUGGCAGAAAGUGUUUUCAUGCAUGCAUAGCCAUGAUAAGUUAAGUGAAAGUUGGCAUUUACCUUUCUUUUCCAUUGUGAGUGAGUGAAUGGAAUCACGUUAGUUUGAUUGAUGAUGAUUUAUGCUACGCUGCCGGACCUGAACUUUUACAGUAUACCAUGAUAAAUACGGUGUUCCAUACAAUAGGGGUAAUCCAAUCAUUAGACAUUCUCUGAAUCAGUUGUGCCUUAACUGUAAAUAGUAUAAACAUGGUGUGUAUUUCAAGUUUUAAACUUUCGUUUCAUGUCUCAAAACAGAGUCACUUGAUCUUUUGCCUAUAAUAGUAAAAGUGAUGGUGCUUGUCUUUACAAUAAUGUUGCCAAAAUGCCCCUCCCUUGAUGAGCAUGAAAAGCAAGCUCAAUUCUCUCUAUCUCCUUCUUUUCUUUGUUUUCUUAUGUAGUACUAGAGAAUACUUCUUACCCCUUUCACUUUUUCUGUUAUCUGACUGCAACUGUAUUGCCUUCUUCCCUUCUUCUCUGGAUGAUUUAUAUAUUCUCCCACUUUGGAUAAAAGAGAGAAAAGAGGGAGAAGUGGGGUGGGGAAACUUAUAUUUCUUCCUUGUACUUACAUUUCCUUUUAUGGAUUCUCAUACUACUGAAAUGCAUAUAUUCCUUUUUCUUUUCAGGGCAGGGAGAAGCUCUUGGAAAGAGAAACAUGCAUGCAUAUCAAAAGAUCACUUGUUCGAAUCAAUGCAAAUGUAGCUACCAGCCAAUUGCACGGUGAGAUUGCACACGUCAGAAGCUCAUUGGCCACUCGUGUUUCUUCGAGCUCCACAGGCAUGCAAACUGAGAGAAAUGACCACGGAAUGUAUUCUGUGUUGACAACAAACAAAUAAGAGGGCAGAGGAGGAAGGCCAGCCGUGAGAUGGGAUUCUGAGGGGAAUCGGAAUGUUGGAAUCUUAACUCAAGCUUAAGCCAAGAAGUCAUAUUCUCAAGUCAAGAAUUUUGGAGGGAGUUAUUCUUCACUACCCCAAAGCCACUGAAAAUGGGUUCCUUCCUUCCCACCUCCCUCUUGUCUUUUCUCUUUUGGUUGCUUUCUGAGCAGUUUAGAUGCCUCUCUCUCUCUAGCUCUGUGAUGAUUUGUCUGUGUUGUGAUGUUGAGAGGAAUCUUGCCAUGUUUAGGGAUUUUCUUAGGUUUGUCACUUUUGCAUCAAUUGUUCCCUUUUGCCUGUUAUAUAUAUUCUUCUUUGGCUGACAGGAACCGGCUGAUGAACUUGAUGGUGGUCCAAAAAUCCCUUGUGAUGAUUUCCAAUAUUGGCGACUUCCAAAGCUCUACAAACUUGGUCCUUCAAUGCUUACUUUAAUUGAGUGCAUGUCUGGUGCUCUGAUUUGAUUUUUCCAGUUUGAUUAGCCUGAAAAUGGCUGUGAUUUUGCCCCGUAAUAAUAUCUUGCUCUGCUGCAUUAGGGACAAAAAUUAACAGGAUUUGUUCGGUGGGAGAUGGCAAAAAUUAACAGGAUUUUGCCCCGUAAAAAUUAACAGGAUUCGUUCGGAGGAAGGGGAGAAGAAGAAGAGAAGAUGGUGGGGAAGAAGAAACGACCGUCGGUUACUUUUGUUUUAAUUUUUUAAAAUUAAUUAAUUAAUUAAUAAGUUGGUAUGGUUGACCAACUGAUGUGACAUUUUUUGUUGACUGCCACAUCAGAAUGUCUCUUCCACGUCAGCAUAAUAUCUGCCAACACAUCAUAAUUUAAGAAUUGUUAACAUAAAGCUAACGUUUGGCUAAUAAUUUGUAUUUCGAUAGUUGUGGAGUGGUUAUAAUUCACCGCUGAAUAGUUGUGGCUAAUAUAUUGUAUUUACCCUUAUUUUUUUUGGGUAGAAGUAUUUACCCUUAUUUUAAAUAGGUAUAUAAUACAUUAUACAGUCGUAUUAUUCACACCACAUAUUUGAAGCAUGUGCAAUACAUGUUGAUUUCAAUCCUUUAUAUACCCGUUCUUUAUUCUUUAAUAUAAUUAAUAUUUUUCUUUAAUGAUCGACAAUAAUAAUAUUUUGAACUAUAAUUCUAUGAACAUGUAUUUAUCAUUUCUAUCUCUUCAUUUAUUGUCUAUCAUUAAAGAUAAUGGUUGAUCAAAUGACAGUCAAAUUGUAUAUGACCAUCAUUGGGGCAGAAGCACAUAGAAGUAGGUGCUACAAGUACUUUAAAAUUAUAAUAAUUAAUUUUAUUUCUCUAUUAUUAUAAAAAAAAUCAAUCUUAAUGAAGACAAAACAUCGUGUUAGGUUGUCAUUAGGAAAAGUUCAUGUAAAAUGUCCAAUCUCAAUGGAAUAUGGUGAAUUUCUGGUGCACGAGGUUGUCAAACCGGUUUAUGUCAGUGUGUCGGUUUAGCAAGUGGAAUGGUUCGACCGGUGGUACAUACCAGUUAAUAUUAGAAAUAAUUAACAAAUACUCAUAUUUAAACAUGACAUUUAACAUAAAUACCUAAAUAUUUGUACUUGAAUCCAACAAAUAACAUCAAAAUUUGACUUUUUAACACAUGAAACAAAUAAUAAACUACUUUUAUCAAUUAAAAUUCACUAAGAUAAGAUAAUUUUACUUGGAGAUUCGUAUAUCGAUCGUGCCGGUCAUACCGGUGGUGUCAUGCCGGUUUUAUGACCGGUACAGGUUGAACCAGGUUCAACCAGUGGCACGCCGGCCGGCGUGAGCACCAAAAACCUGAGAUUAGUUUUUUUUUUAAGCAUGAAAAUCAGAAUGUAACCUGCAGCCGGAAAGUGCGACAUCUUCUCAUGGUUUGCUUUACGUUAGAAUCCCUUUCCUUUUUCUCUACCGGUCUAUUUGUGGGCUGAUAGUUUGCACUCUGAUAGUCAGAUUCUUUUACCUUCUCUUCCUACGGUUUAGCACAAAGUUCAUUCACUUGUUGAUAGAGUAACGUGAGAUCUAGUUAGAGGAAAUCGCGAGCCUUAGCUUUUGUUCCUUCAUUUUGAGCUGUGAUUAAUUGGCGUGUCUCAUAAUAGGCUAACCUAUUUGUGACUAAGAAAGUUCUUUCAAGGUAUUUGGCCAGUUUGGUACGGUUUGAUUUUCGAUGGUAGUUGUUCUCGUUUGGUUAACUUUUGAAUCUCUUUGUUUUCUCAAUAAUACUAUUGAUCUAGUAGAUAAAAACAUAGAUGAAUAUGAGUUAAACGAAAUGUAAAAUAUUUUAAGGUUAAUAUUCUAGUUUGGCCUGAAGUUUGGUGUAAGUCUUAGUUUUGGCCUGAUAGGUUUACCAAUUCGUCUCCCAAUCUUCCUAACUGCAUCAGGAUGGAAAUAGUGAAUAGGGAGCUCCAGCAAUAUUGCCCACACUAGAGUUGAUGAUUUGCCCACACUAGUGGAUGUGCGGGCAAAUCGGGUCAUCCUCCACCACAAAUCCCUCAUCAUGUCCAUCCUCUCUAAUGGUUGCCAUUGUGUCUUCGGAGUCGGAGUCGGCGAUGUACCAUUCAUCAGUCCUCAACAGAUCACUAAAGAGACGACUCACUACUCCUUGGCCAAUGGCCAGCUCCCCAGGGAAAAGGCCUGGGGUUGGUCUCUUCAGGUUUCUCAGCACCUCCUGCCCAAACAUCUUCUAGAAUCUCAUCAUUGCACCGCAGGUUUGGCUCGUUUCUUAGAUUGUUGUGCCUCCCGGAUGACGAAGCAGAUGGUGGUCGGCGUUGCCCAGCUAUCAUGUCAGGUUGGGGGAGGUGCCGGAGCCACUCCCGCCCAGCGGUGAGAUCACUGCCGACAUCGCGAAAAGCGUAAAAACCCUAGCUCAGCUCGAUUCUCUCCGUGGCACUCCUAUUUCUUCGGAGCACUUUUUUCCGAUUCAACAAAUUCCCUUUUUUUCUUCCAUGAUUUUUUAAAAAAGAAUAAUGUUUAUUUGAUGUAAGGAAAUAUAAAUAGUAAUGAUUAUCAUUGUGGGCGCAUCUAUGUAGUACAAAUUUCACCUUGUGUAAAUUACAAUGGUCAUUUGUAUAAAAAUAAUCUCAAAUUUCAAAUGCACAACAAUGAUAAAGAUAACAUGUGAAU